AUGCAAGUAGGUAUUGAUUUCUCAGACCGUUACAAAAAUCCUCAAAAAGAAAUAAUUAACUUAAUGAGUACACAACGAAUGCAACAAAUAACUGAGAAUCGUGAGAGACUCAAACCAAUUAUAGAGUGUAUUAUAUUUUUGGGACGCCAAAAUUUAGCAUUUAGAGGACACCGUGAUCAAGGUAAAUUAAAUACAAAUAUUGAUUUAUUGCCAACCAAUGAAGGUAAUUUUAGGCAAUUACUAAAAUUCAAAAUAGCUUCUGGGGAUAAAAUAUUAGAAAAACAUUUACAAACAACUAGUGCUAAAGCUACUUAUAUUUCUCACACUACACAGGAACAGUUAAUUGAGUGUUGUAAAGAAGAAACAUUGUCACAUAUUUUAAAUAAUGUUAAGGAAUCUUGCUAUUACAGUGUUAUAUUUGACGAAACCACUGAUAUUUCCCAUAUUUCACAAUUAAGUUUGUCUUUGAGAUAUGUUGAUAAAGCUAAUAAUGUUCAUGAACAGUUUAUUGGUUUUAAAAAUUAUCAUGAUUAUGUUUAUGAUAAACUUACAGAAGAUAAUGUAGAACCAAAAUUAACUGGUAUUGUUCUGGGAAAUGCUGUUGUAUCAAUUAUGAAAGACAUGUCGUUAGACUUAAAUAACUGUGUAGGGAUUGGAACCGAUGGGUGCUCAGUCAUGACAUCUGUAACACGUGGAGCAGGUGCUGAAAUUCAGAAAAACUGUCCCAAUGCUGUUUACAGUCCAUGUUCAAACCAUGCAUUGAACUUGAGCAUCUCAAAGUCAUCUAAUGUACAGUUAGUUAGAAACACUAUGGGCAUCAUAAAAGAAGUUCUAUCUUUUUUUAAUACAUCUUCCAAAAGAAGUUUUGUUUUAAAAAAUUGCCUUAAAUUUAAAUAA